CCGAAAAUGCAAAACAGUCAAACAGAAAACUUUGAAACGCGUUGAAUUGUGCGAUACGAGUCAAUCAGCAAACAUAUACAUAUAUACAAACACACAUUAAAAGAAUACAUAUAUUGUGAUUUUUUUUGGUUCUGAUUAGAAAGUGAAUAUACAUACAUACAUAUAUAAAUACGCACACUUAAACACAAGCUGACCAAGUCCAAUAAGUAAAGAGCGGUGCGCGUAAAAACAAACCGAAGCAAACGAGAAGAAGCAGAUAAAGCAGCUCACUCAAGAAGUUUUUUAGUUGUAUCUAACACAUACACACAGGCAAACAAACAAACAAAAAAAACAAAAAUGGCCGAGGCUAAUAAGAGAAAUAUUCCCAUCAAAUUGGGCGACUUCAGCGUUAUCGAUACGGAAUUCAGCAGCAUACGCGAACGUUUCGAUUCCGAGAUGCGCAAAAUGGAGGAGGAGAUGGCCAAGUUCCGUCACGAGCUGAUGAACCGCGAGGCGAAUUUCUUCGAAUCAACCAGCUCAACAACAAACUCGGCGCUGCCUUCCCGAGUGCCCAAGCCACAGAACUAUGUGUCCGAUAUCAGCUCGCCAUUGAUUCAGGACGAGGGCGAUAACAAAGUGCUUAAGCUGCGCUUCGAUGUCAGCCAAUACGCACCCGAGGAGAUUGUUGUGAAAACUGUCGAUCAGAAGUUGCUGGUGCAUGCCAAGCACGAAGAGAAAUCAGAUACAAAGAGCGUUUACAGGGAAUACAAUCGCGAGUUUCUGUUGCCGAAGGGCGUGAAUCCCGAAUCGAUUCGCUCGUCCCUGAGCAAGGAUGGUGUCCUGACUGUGGACGCGCCGCUGCCAGCGCUCACUGCCGGUGAAACUUUAAUACCCAUUGCGCACAAGUGA